AUGGAAGGAGAUGGAUCCAAUGCUCGCCCUGCAGUUAAAGCCACAACGAACUUCCUGCAAGGUGAUUUAAUCGGGCAUUUUGGCUUAAAAGAGAUCUUCAAAGAAACAAAAAAGAAAAAAGAAAACAGACCCUUACUCCAAAUGUCCAUGAAAAAAUUGUUUUUAAUAAAUUUAAAUAAUUUUUUUUUCUAAAAUUGAAAAGUAAAAUUAUAAAAAAUUUAUGCUUUAAAAUGCAAUUUGUUUGAAAUUAAAACAGAAUUAGCUAAAAAUUUCAUUAUAAUAAUACUCACUUAUAUAUCACACUUUUUCAUAAAAUUUUUAUAUAAAAACAUAUUUUGUUCACUUACAUGGAUUUUUCCAAUAAUUUUGUUCGCUCAUGGAGGGGAAGUUAGCAAUUUCAUUUCGAGAAAUCAUUAAGCGAGAGCUUGACGUUAAGCUUCAUGAUUUCAAACUAACUGAUACUCAAAAAAAGCUGCUUUUACAAAAUUAA